GGGAUAGAUUAGGGAGACCGGAAUAGCCAAUCAAACCCGUCUUCUUGUUUUCUUUUCCUAUCUACAGAAAAAAAAACCCAAAACCCUAGAAUUUGAGAAUCUAGAGCAGCAAUGGACUUCGACGAGUACGAUUAUUUGGAGAAGACAGUGGAGGAGCAAGAGGACAGAGACUCGAGCAGGAGGAAGAAAGAGAGCGGUGAGAAGAGCGAAAGAAGCUACCGGAAGCGCGAGGAGAUCGACGACGGCGCUGACGAGAGGAGGAGCAAGAGGUCAAGGGGCGACGACGAGAAUGGCUCCAGGAAGGAGAGAGAUCGCGAAGAACGCGACAAGGAGCGCCGCAGGAGUAGCAGAGACAGAGACAGGGAUGGAGAGAGAAGUAGCAGAGACAGGGACAGGGAAAAGGAGAGAGACAAAGAGAGGGAUCGGAGGGACAGAGAUAAAGAGAGGGAGAAGAGGGAGAAGGAAAGGGAAAAGGAAAGAGAAAGAGAGAGAGAAAGAAGGGAUAGAGAAAGGGAGGAGAGAGAGAGGUCUCGGAGGAGCAGAAGUCGUUCUGAGCGAGAAAGAGAUAGAGAAAGGGAUUUCGACACCAGAGAUGGCCGGAGAUUUAGGGACAAGAAAGAGGCAGCAGAGCCUGAGGCAGAUCCAGAACGGGAUCAGAGAACUGUAUUUGCUUAUCAGAUGCCCUUAAAGGCAUCAGAGAGGGAUGUUUAUGAAUUCUUCUCAAAAGCGGGCAAGGUGAGGGAUGUCCGUCUGAUCAUGGAUAGGAACUCCAGACGAUCUAAAGGAGUUGGGUAUAUUGAAUUUUAUGAUGCAAUGUCAGUGCCAAUGGCAAUUGCCCUCUCUGGCCAGCUUCUUCUAGGACAACCUGUAAUGGUCAAACCUUCUGAGGCUGAAAAGAACCUUGUCCAAUCUAAUACUACUAGUGGAGCUGCUGGGGUAGUAGGACCAUACGGAGCUGUGGACAGAAAACUGUAUGUGGGGAACCUUCACUUCAACAUGACAGAGGGUCAAUUGAGAGAGAUUUUUGAGCCAUUUGGUCCAGUGGAGCUUGUGCAGCUGCCUCUUGACUUGGAGACGGGACAUUGCAAGGGCUUUGGGUUUGUUCAAUUUGCCCAUCUUGAGCAUGCCAAGGCUGCUCAGAGUUUAAAUGGAAAAUUGGAGAUUGCUGGCAGGACUAUCAAGGUUUCAUCUGUAACUGAUCAUGUUGGAAACCAAGAUACAACUGCAAAAUCUGCAGACUUUGAUGAUGAUGAAGGUGGUUUGGCUUUAAAUGCCCAAUCAAGAGCAUUGCUUAUGCAGAAGCUGGACCGCUCUGGCAUUGCUGCAAGCAUUGGUCUGCCUGUUGUCAAUGGGUCAGCUCCUGCUCAACAGGCUAUUAUGCCUAUUGGUAAUCCAGGUAUAAUACCAGCUCCAGCUGUCCCAACACAAAUUAUGCCUACCCCAGUGAUUGAACCUGUUGGAAACCCCACUGAGUGUUUACUGUUGAAGAAUAUGUUUGAUCCCAACACUGAGACAGAACCAGAUUUUGAUCUAGACAUUAAAGAGGAUGUAGAAGAAGAAUGUUCCAAAUAUGGACGGGUGAAGCAUAUCUAUGUUGACAAAAGAAGUGCAGGAUUUGUGUAUUUGCAGUUUGAAACGGUGGAAGCAGCAAGUGCUGCUCAACGUGCAAUGCACACGAGGUGGUUUGCAGGCAGAAUGAUUUCUGCUAUCUUCAUGCAACCUCAGAUAUAUGAAGCCAAGUUUAAAGGGGACGCAUGAAGAAGUGCUGACACACCUUAUGGCUCUCGGAAACGACAAUCUGCAUAUUUUGCUUGUUAGUUGUUUAAAAUUGAGUUUAGUUCAUAAUUUUUUAAUUCAUGACUUGUACUAUUAGAUGUACGGUUACAUAACUUUUACUGUCCAAGUGGUGUGAUCUUCAUGAUCAGUGAUUUUUUUUUUCAUCCCAAUGUAUUCUAUGUUAACCAUAGUGCCUUCCCUUUUUUAUCUGUUAA